AUGAAAAUUUAUAGAAGAAUUUUGUUGGUACUUUUCGCCUGUGUUUUUUUCAAAACUUUUGGCCAUGAUCAUGAAAAUGGUGCUAGAACAAGUUUGAUAGUUGAGAAAAAACUUUUUUCACGAACUAAAAGAACUCUACCAUUUCCAAAUCCUACCAAUCUUUUGUUUAUUCUGGGUCUUGGUACACCAUUACAAUUGGAUAAUGAAAGUGUAAUUAUUGGUUUAUUUGCAAAAUUUUUAUAUGCAAUGCCAACAAAUGCAACUUAUUUUACUGAUCCAGAUAUUUAUUUUAAAAGAAAUGAAAAAAGUCGAUGGAGUAUUUACAAAAUAUUGGAAAAAACAGCUGGUAUAUAUGGUCUCGGUGGAAAAGCCUGUUUACUCAGAGCAAUUUGUGAAAUUUCAGCAGUACCAUUUAAUUUAAAUCAUGGAAUUAUUGGACAGCUAAUUCAAGUAAUUUUAACGCCCUCCAGCACGAAGGAACCUUAUGAAGAGUAUGCAGAUCGUGAAUACCAUGCAGCUGAAAGUCUAGGCAGGCACGUGGGUGAAAACUGCCACGCCCUUUAUCCGGAAUGCGAAAGGAGCGCCUUAGACGUAUUUUCCACUACGAAUCUCUAAAGGCAGCUCUAGACUAUUGCCAGCAUACUGGCGAGUUUGCAAAAC